AUGGCUUCCUUAUCCUUCGUCUCAUCCUCUCACCUUACGCUACGCACUCCUUCUCUCACCCUACGCACAGGCUCUUCCUCGUCUUCCCCUAGAACCUCUGUUUCCUUCUGCGUCAGGGCUCAGUCCGUCGCUCUUUCUCAGGACGACUUGAAGAAGCUCGCGGCGGAGAAGGCUGUUGAGGCAAUUAAGCCCGGAAUGGUUCUAGGUCUCGGAACCGGAUCCACCGCAGCCUUCGCCGUUGAUCAGAUCGGAAAACUCCUAGCCUCCGGCGAACUCUACGACAUCGUCGGCAUUCCGACGUCGAAGCGAACGGAGGAGCAGGCGCGAUCGCUGGGGAUUCCGCUUGUCGCGUUGGAUACGCAUCCGAGAAUCGAUCUCGCAAUCGACGGAGCAGACGAGGUGGAUCCGAAUCUGGAUUUGGUCAAAGGUCGUGGAGGCGCUCUGCUCCGGGAGAAAAUGGUGGAAGCUGUGGCGGAGAAGUUUAUCGUUGUGGCUGACGAUACGAAGCUCGUUAAGGGACUCGGCGGAAGCGGAUUGGCGAUGCCUGUGGAGGUGGUUCAGUUCUGCUGGAACUUUAAUCUCAUCAGAUUGCAGGAUCUGUUCAAGGAAUUUGGAUGUGAUGCGAAGCUGAGAGUCGACGGAGAUGGGAAGCCGUAUGUGACGGAUAACAGCAAUUACAUUAUUGAUUUGUAUUUUAAGAAUCCGUUGAAGGAUGGGUUCGCGGCGGCGAAAGAGAUUGGCAAGUUUCAGGGAGUGGUGGAGCACGGGCUGUUUCUGGGAAUGGCUACGUCGGUGAUUAUCGCCGGAAAGAACGGCGUUGAAGUUAUGAACAAAAGCUUCUACAGUCGACAAAUUCCCAAGCAAUUCAAGCCUGCUUAUGCAAAUGAUGGUAUAAAGAAUCAGAUGGAGCAGAUCAAGCAUUUCCUGGAGACAAUGCCGCGUCUUGAGAAGCUGACAAUAUACUACGAAUCUACGAUACAUCAGUUGAUGAUGAUGUGA